AAUAAAUAAAUAAUUGUUAUUGCCAUCAGAAUAAAGUUGCAAAAGUGAAUCUUUUGAGAGGGAGAAAGCAAAGAGGAGAGACAAACAACCGCUCUUCUCUUCUUCCUCUUCUUCUUCCUCUUCUUCUUACCUUAUUCUUCCUUCUUUUCUGGUCCCUCAAUCAUUACACCCACCAAAUUCUCCAUUUCUUUCUAAUAAUUCCCUUACAAAUUCAUCAUCUCUCUAUUCUUUUUCCCACCUUAUUCACUUCACUUCUUUACUGAUUACAGCAACCAUGGUGUCUGCCAACAGAGAGAUGGUUGUGUACUGUUUCGAUACCCUUCUCGCUCACUAUAACGGCGAGGAAGCCCCUCCCCCUGCGUUCGAUGGCGGUCAACACCCCUUGUUCGUUACUUGGAAAAAAGUGGUCAACGGUGGUGAACCUCGUCUGCGAGGGUGCAUAGGAACUCUAGAAGCUCGCUGCUUGAUAAAUGGCUUCAAGGAUUAUGCUUUAAAUAGUGCAUUGAGGGACCGGAGGUUCCCCCCAAUACAGCCUAAAGAAUUACCAUAUUUGGAAUGCACAGUUUCCAUUCUAGUUGAUUAUGAAAUAGCUACAAAUUAUCUUGAUUGGGAGGUAGGUAAGCAUGGUAUUAUUAUUGAAUUUAACGACCCCGAUUAUAAUGCUAGACGAAGUGCUACGUAUCUGCCCGAGGUAGCUGCCCAUGAAGGUUGGACAAAAAUUGAGGCGAUUGACUCGUUGAUGCGAAAGGCAGGAUAUAAUGGUGUAAUCACGGAGUCGCUGCGUAAGUGUAUUCGAUUGACCCGGUACCAGAGCACCCUAUUCACCAUGCACUAUGGCGAGUAUGUCUCCUACGUUAAAACCAUUAGGGGCUCAACUCCUUGCGUGGUCGGGGCUAAAGCCUAACAACCAUUUGAUUCUUCCAAACGGCUUUUGCUAAAAUCUGGAAAGCCUAAGUUUGGGUACUAAACAAAAUUAUAUAUAGGAUGCUUGAAUGAUAUAUGUCUUGUGUUCCAUUCUUCCCAGAUAUUUCUUUUGAAUCACUGUCUUUUCAAUGCCAUUCAACAAGAAGAAGAAAAAACUGAAGAACCCCAAUAGUUAUUUGGAAAACUUGAUCAUUCAAGCUUUGCAGCUCCUCUACAUUUGGCUGCUCUGUCAUACUUUCCUUGACAUUUCUAAGUUCUAAUUAUCAAUAUUGCUAUAAGCUGUUUAACUA